AUGUCCCAGUUUCAGUUCAAGUUCCGGUGGGACUAUGUCCUCCUAACAGGCGCGGCCUGUCUUUCCGCAUGCUACCAUCUACGACCUGUCCUGCUCUCUCACGACCGGGUCAAACCACGGAGGGUGGUUGCCUCCUUGGCCUGCGAAGCUGCCACCUCAACAUUGCCAUCAUCGCCGACUUCGUCCGCCUCCGCACCGCCCUAUCCACCAGAUGCUUUCCCGGGCGGCCGACAUGUCGAGACUGCCUAUGGAACAACCAACGUGUUUGAGUGGGGCCCGGAAGAUGGCGAAAAGGUAUUGCUGGUGCAUGGCAUUGCCACGCCGUGUGUUGCGUUGGGUGACAUGGCCAAGCGGUUUGUGGCAAAGGGAUGCAGAGUGAUGCUGUUUGAUUUAUUCGGAAGAGGCUACUCCGAUUCCCCCAGCGACCUCAUCCACGACGAUCGCCUGUACACCACGCAAAUCCUCCUUGCCCUGGCUUCAUCGCCCCUUGCCUGGACCGGCUCAUCCGCCUUUCACAUCCUCGGCUACUCUCUCGGCGGCGCCCUUGCCGCCUCCUUCGCGGCUUACCACGCCAAUCUCCUCCGUUCUGCGACCUUGGUCUGCCCCGGGGGGCUUGUUCGCCCCUCCCACGUCAGCUUCAAGAGCCGGCUGCUCUACUCGAACGGCUUACUCCCAGCCUGCCUGGUGAACCGGCUCGCCCGAUGGCAUCUUGAACCCAAGCCAGGCUCUGCCAGCGCGCAUGUUCCACAUCUGGAUGGCAGCCUGGAUGAGCUGAAUGCCAGAGACGCCGGGGCCGGGACCGAGGCCGAGGCCGAGGCCGAAGCCGUCGACUUUGACCAAGUGCCCAUCUGCUCGGAAAGCGCCUUGGGCCCAAAGGUGGGCGACGUGGUGAGGUGGCAGCUGCGCAACAACGCUGGGUUUGUGCCCGCGUACGUGAGCUCCAUCCGACAUGCACCCAUAUACGGGCAACACGGCGGAGUGUGGGAGAUUCUCGGUCGCCAGCUCAGGCUGAGGAGGGAAAACGGCAACUUGGCGGGGCUGCCUGGAGGAAGAGGAAGCUGUUGA